GGCCGAACCAGACGGCGCUUCCUCUUCCGCUGCUGGCUGAGGUGUCUCCUCUGUCACGACCAGCUGCACUGUUUGACUAUGACCCCCUUGAGGGAGCGAAACUGAUUGAAUGGAAAAGAAGGAUUCCUCCAGUCCUUUGCUGGGAGCAUUGGCCAUCUGACUGGGGCCUUUGGGUCUCUGAGCACAAGGCUUCCUGGCCGGAAGAAGAUGUUUGCAAAAUUGAAAAAGAAGAUUGCUGAUGAGGCAGCCACUGCUCCACGGCCCGGGGGGCCAGCCAGAAUGCCCAGAUCGAUCAGCAAAGAAUCCGUCACGUCAGUAGGAGCAGACUCGGGGGAUGAUUUCCCAUCUGAUGGAAGCAGCUCCAGAGAGGACCUCUCCUCUCAGCUGUUUCGAAGGAAUGAACAAAUACGGAAGUUGGAAGUCAAGCUCUCUGAUUAUGCUGAACAGGUCCGAAACUUGCAGAAGAUUAAGGAGAAGCUUGAAAAUGCGUUAGAGACACAUCAGGAUUCCUUUGUGAAGAAACUUCAAGAGCAGAACGAAACACACCAGACCAGCAUAGCGAAGAUGGCAGAAGGGAUGACCUUGGCCCUGGAGAAGAAGGACCAGGAGUGGCGGGAAAAACUGUCUCAUCUUGAAAAGGCUGCUAAACAGGAGAGGAAACUCCUUUCAACCCAGUUGCAAGAAAUGAGAGAACAGAGUUUGAACCUGUUCCAGAAGAGAGAUGAGAUUGACGAGUUGGAAGGUUUUCAACAACAGGAGCUUGCAAAAGUCAAGCACAUGCUUCUGAAAAAGGAAGAGUCCCUGGCCCAGAUGGAGCGAGAGCUGGGAUCCUCCACUCAGGAGUUGCUGCAAACACGAGAGGAGCUGCAGGCCUCUCAGGCCUUGUCCUCACGCCUGUGCAGAGAAGUUCAGAAGCUGCAACAACAGCAGGUGGACCUGGAAACGGAAAGGGAUGAGCUCAAGGACGCCGGGGAGAGUGCAGAAAACAAGAUCACCACCUUGGAAGAACGGAGCCAAGAGCUGCAAGCCUACAUCCAGCGCCUGUCAGUAGAUCUGAAGAAUGCUCAGCUUGCCACCUCUGGUUCUGAAAAGCGCCUGGAGAUGCUGCAGGGAGAACAAGAAUCUCUGAAGCUGGAAUUUGAAGAGCAAAGGCAAAAGAUGGUUGCCCAAGCAGAGGAGAAGACCCAGCUUGUGGGUCAACUGCAAGAGAAAGUCGCCCUCUUGGAGAAGCGACUAGAAGGCAGCCUCUCUGGGGAUGAACAUUUUCGGGAGCUGUUCAGAGAGAAAAGCACUUUAGAGCAGAGCCUGGAAGAUACGCGACAAGAGCUCCUGGCAGCCCAGACAGGUCACAAGGAGAGCAUAAGUCUCAUGGAGACUCAGAUCAAUCAGCUGAACUGCAGGUUGGCCACUGAAGAAGCACGUCUGAGUGAGAAGGAGGAGUCCAUCUGCCAUCUCCAGGAAAGCAGUUCACAGCAACUGAAAGAUUUGGAACGAGCCCUUCAGCUUGCCAAAGAGGCAGUGACCAAGAGCCAAGAUGAGAUCAAGGAUAAAGAAUUGCAGAUCCAAAAGUUGCAGGCGGAUCUGGAGUUGGAGAGCAUUAAAUCCCAGGAAGACCUCUCUUCAGUGCGGUCUCAGUGGAUGGAGCAGGUCGGGCAGCUAGAGAGGCAAGUUGCUGCCCUUGAAGCUGCACAGAAGUUGGAAAGGGGGGCUGCCCUGCAGAACUCGAGCCAGCUGGAGAAAGAAAACACCGAACUUAAAGAACAGUGCAGAGAUUUAGAACGUUCCUUAAGGCAACAAGAGUCUGAACUGGAAAGAGUCAAGGUGGAAUUGAGCAGCAGUGCUGAGAUCAUCCAAACCUUGGAGGAGACCCGGAAGCAGCAGGUUGCAGAUCUGACCGUGUUGUUACAGGAGAAGGACCAGCAGAUUGCAGACCAGACAGACAGUCUCCUGAAACAGGAGGAAGAGGCCAAGUCCUUAAGGCAAGAACACGACCUGCUUCUGCUGCAGGUGCAUCAGCUGCAGUCAUGCCAAGGCCAGGCCGCGGAGAAGGAAGCAGCAAUGGAAGAACAGCUGCGGGUUUUCCAGACGCAGCUCCAGGAACAGCAAGAACGCCUGUUAGCCCGUGAGAAGCAAGCUGCAGUGUUAGAACUAGCCUCUAUGGCCUUGGAAGACCACUUGCAUCUCUCUGAAGAUGGGGAGGCUGAGCCCAAUGGAGAACUCGUUUCCUCAGAUGUAAUCCAACUGCAGAAGGAGAACAGAGACCUGGAGCAGCAGAUUGCAGAAAAAAACAAGAUGAUAAAGCAGCUGCAGCAGAGAAUGGCAGAGCUAAAAAAGACCUUGCAGAAAGAACUUAAAAUUCGACCUGAUGGCGAAGUCCCUGAAGUACCCACGGCUGCCUUGACUGUAACAAACAACUCCGAUCUGAGCGAUUCCCGGGAGAUAAACUUUGAGUAUCUUAAGCACGUGGUGCUAAAAUUUAUGUCCUGCCGGGAAUCGGAGGCGCUUCACUUGAUCAAGGCUUUGUCUGUGUUGCUCAACUUCUCUCCAGAGGAAGAAAACAUGGUCAAGGAAACCUUGGAGUACAAGAUGUCCUGGUUCGGGUCCAAGCCACUUCCGAGGGGGAGCAUCCGACCCUCUAUCUCGAAUCCGAGGAUGACGUGGUCCUGAGGCCCUACCAGGGUGUCCUGCUCCUUCGCCUCUGGUUGUUGGGUUUUGUGGGCCCCCCCCCCAUGAAAAGGUGCACCUGACAAUGGAGGUGUGGAUUGCGGUGACCACAGUAUUUUGUGUACCAUGAACUUUGUGGGGGAAGACGUUUACAAAGCUGACCUGUAAAAGGGGCCUCUUUUGCCCCAACUUUGUGGGACGAAAGGGUUACAGUGGUGGCAGUCUGAGCUGCCUUUUGGCUUCUGCAGGGACAGAUGUCUCCAGCUAUGUACAGCAGGGGUCUGUGGGUGCUUGGUCCUUACAUCAUUCCUGGUGAUGUGUAAUCCAUCGGGGACGGAAAACAGCUUUGCCUUCUCAGACUGCUACAUCUGCCCCCCACCCCCCACCCCAGCUUAUUAACACUACACCAUGGUUACUGAUACACUCAACCGAAGCUGGGAAUGGCAUGCUAGGUUUCCAGUGGGAACCAGCUCAACUUUCUACAGAGUUGGCCAGCUUUUAUUUUUCUUAAAGAAAAAUGGUUUUAAACGGGAUUUCACGGUGCUCUAGCUUUUAAAAAACAGAUGUGCUGGUGAGGGGCACGGUUAGCCACCUGUUCGACAAGUGGGAACCAGAAACCAUGCGCCGUUGGGCGUGGCGCCCAAAUCAUAACCCCUUGACAGGUUUGUACGUUACACAUGGUAGGUUCUGCUUGAUGGUGAGGAGUAAGAAGCGGAGACAGGCUAAUUGCAAACAACUCUCAUCCUUAGCAGGAAGCGUUGACACAAACCUGUAUGACUGCUUUUAACAGAUGGGUGCAUUCGCACACUCAUCGAACCGGCUCCUUAGAACGGCAGAGUUAAAGAGCUGUGUUUUUUUUCCUGAAACCAAAAGCCAUGCCUUUAGAGAAGAAACAGCCCUGUUUUUACUAACCAGCGUAUUUAGAGAUGAUAUAAACGGUGCAGCGGGCAACUCUUUUAAAGACUGCUCAUUGCAGUUCUACACCACUUCCUGCAUAUUGCUAAGCAACAGUAUCUUUGCCAGCUGCCGUGUCAGAAAAAUUCCACUAGAAGUGGACACGCUGGUCGUCUUUACUAAGAUUCAGAGUGAAACGUGGGACGCUGGCCAGAUCUCCGAGAGCCGGCAUUCUGUAGGAAAGCUCUUAGGGAAGAGCCUGCAAUAACCUUUCCGUCGAACUGUUGUAAGCUGGCAAAGCAAGAACAAGUGUUGUAGCAACUAAUGCACUUUUCCUUCCUUGCACAGAAAGAACAUAAACUAUCCCGGAGUAUGCAUAUAGAAAAGCCUUUGUGGAUCCCUGGGUAGGCCAUUCAUUCUGUGUACAUAAUGGACUCUUACGAUGUGAUGGCUUAGAGAGACCUAAUUUGUGGUGCAAUACAUUUUUUUUUGAUGAA